AGCCGCGGAACCAAACCCUAAACUUGACACCCGUGUAUAAAUAAGGGGCGUUAACCCAAAACCCUACUUAUCUCAGACCCAGGGUUUUGCUCAGAAAAGGUAGAAGGAAGGCCGUUUGAAAUCAAACCAUGGGCAAGUCUAGCAAGAAAUCAAACCCAAAGGUCGAGGUAGCUCCUGCUGUUGUUGCUCCUACUCCAAAGUCUGGCAAGAAAGGUAAAAGAGAAGCUGAAGAGGAUAUAGAGAAGCUAGUGAGUGCAAAGAAGCAGAAAGUAAGUGAACAGCAGGCUCUUCAGAAGAAGAAGAAGAUUGAAGUGAAGACUCAGAAGAAGAAACAGGAAUCCAGUAGUUCUGAUGAGUCUUCUUCCUCGGAGUCUGAGGAUGAAAAGAAGGUUGUUGCCCCAACCAAGAAGGUAGGGAAUGUGGCACAACCACCCCAGGAAUCUAGUAGUGAGGAAUCAUCUUCAGAUGAGGAACCUGCUUCCAAAGUGGUUUCUUCUAAGAAGCAAAUGUUGGAUGCUAAAAAUGUUUCCGUUGGUGCCCCUGCAAAGAAAGUCAAGCCAGUAAGCAGUUCAGAAACUUCAGACAGCGACUCUGAUGAGGAUGAGGGCCCCAAACCUAAGGUAACAGUAAAAUCCAAUAAUAUGCAAGCAAGUGCAGCCAAGAAUGGUUCAUCUGCUGCUCAAAAGAAGAAAGUUGAGUCAAGUGAUAGCUCUGAAACAGAUUCCUCAGAUGAGGAUUCUGAUGAGGAGGAAGAGAAGACAACUAAGGCGACUGAGCAAUUGAAGUUGCCUACCUCAAAGAAAACCACAGUUGUUGCGUCGAAGAUUGAGGAAUCCAGCGAGAGUUCUGAUGAAGAAGAUUCAGACUCGGAUUCAGAGGAUGAAGCUCCUCAAGUUUCUGCACCUAAAGCUGUUAUUGCCAAAAAGAAACCCGAUUCGAGCAGCGACAGCUCUGAUGAAGAUGAGAAGGAAGAUGUUCAGAAAGCUUCUGAUGCUACUAAGAAAUCAAAACCGGCGGCAAUGCCCAAGAAAAAGGAAUCUGAAAGUUCUUCUGAGAGUGAAUCUUCGGAAGAGAGCGAUUCAGAUGACGAUGCCAAUGCUGCCAAGGUUGCCCCAUCUAAGAGGCCAUUACUGGCAAAUGAAACAAAGAAAUCUGCAAAGGAAAAGAUGGAAAUUGAUGAUGAAUCCUCCGAAGAAACUGACGAGGAUGAAAGUGAGGAAGAACCUAACAGGAAAAAGCCCAAGGCUUCUUCAGAUGGUGGUAAACCAGCUGUGAAAUCUGUUCAAAAGGAAAGCAGUUCUGACGAAGAGAGCUCUGAUGAGAGUGACGGUGAAGAAGAAAGUGAGGAAGAAGAAGCUCCGAAGACACCAAAGAAAAAAGUCACUGAUGUUGAAAUGGUAGAUGGUGAAGUACCAGGAUCCCAGAAGAAAGAUUCCAAAUCACCUUUUACUCCCCAUACACAAUCCACAGGAUCGAAAACAUUGUUUGUGGGCAAUCUAGAUUAUAAUAUUUCUGUGACUGAUGUGGAAAGUUUCUUCAAAAAUAAAGUUGAUGAUGAAUUGGUUGAUGUUCGUCUAGCGGUGGAUGCAGAAGGAAAAUUUAGAGGCUUUGGGCAUGCGGAGUUUGCCACAACGGAAGCAGCCCAAAAGGCUCUUGAAUUGCAAGAUCAAAUGUUGGGAAGGCGUGCUGUUCACCUUGAUAUGGCUCGUGAAAGGGGCGCUUACACUCCGCACAGCGGCAAAGAUAAUGGUUCUUUCCAGAAGGGAGGAGGAGGCGAGUCCCAAACCAUAUUCAUUAGGGGUUUUGAUAAUUCACUUGGAGAAGAUCAGGUUAGGAGCUCUCUUGAAGAGCAUUUUGGUUCUUGUGGAGAGAUUAAAAGGAUAUCCCUUCCAAAAGAUCGUGAGACUGACAUGUUGAAGGGGAUGGCUUAUGUUGAGUUCAAUGAUGGAAAUUGUUUCAACAAAGCUCUAGAACUCAAUGGAACUGAAGUUGGAGGUAAUUACUUAACUGUGGAGGCGGCAAAGCCGCGUGGUGAUUUUCGUGACAGUGCCAGUGGUGGUAGAGGUGGUCGUGGUGGCGGUAGAGGUGGUGGGGGGCGUUUCGGCGGUAGAGAUAGUGGAGGGCGAUUUGGUGGUAGAGAUAGUGGAGGGCGGUUUGGUGGUCGACAAGGCGGAGGACGAAGAGGUGGAGGUGGUUUCAGGGGACGCGGAACCCCUAAUAAACCAAGCAUGGCUACUCCUGGCACAGGAAAAAAGAAGACAUUUAACGAUGAUGAUUAAAGCAGAUAAGCAUAUGGAGGCAAGGCCUUUUGUUUUUUGUUAAGAUGUUGUGUUUUUUCCUAUUUCAUAGCUAUGGCGUAUGAAAUACAGAUAUAUGCUCGCUACUCGACAUUUGGGGCUCUGUUUAUUUAUUAUAUUGUUCUGGAAGUUGACUUAUAAAAUUUUGAUGGGUGGAAACUAUCUUUUUUGUCGUUUGAAUUAUUUUGUGACCCUUUA